AUGAGUCAACCAUUCUAUGCUGCCCGGCCGCCGGCACCGACAAACCCAAACCAAGUCCCCAUUCAAUGGGGCCAGCAACGUUCGCAAAACACCAUGGCUAAUUUGAACCAGCCUAGGACAUACAACAACCAAGGCUACCUGCAGAACGGCAGUGUCUCCCAGCCGGGAGCUGCGCCUCUUCUGCCGAAUCAGGGUCGUGUCAUCCAGACCGGUCCCAUGCGAGUUCUCUGCAUCGCCGACGUUCGAGGUAACCUGCGAUCGCUCAACGAACUUGCCAAGCAGGCCCGCGCCAACUACAUCAUCCACACUGGCGAUUUCGGGUUCUACGAUGAUACAUCUUUGGAUAGAAUCGUCGAGAAGACACUGAAGCACGUUGCUCAGUAUUCCCCUCUCAUCUCAGAGCCCGUCAAGAAGGCCAUUCAACAAGGCGGCCCCGGGCCCAUCAAGUCUCGAUUCCCCGCCAACGACCUGCCUCUUUCCGAGCUCCCUCUUCUCCUCAGCGGCGAGCUCAAGCUUGAAGUCCCCGUUCACACUGUCUGGGGUGCUUGCGAGGAUGUUCGUGUUCUUGAAAAGUUCCGAUCCUCCGAAUACAAAGUCCACAACCUCCACAUCAUUGACGAGGCUAGGUCGAUGUUGCUAGAGAUUGGCGGUGUCAAGCUGCGUCUGCUCGGCCUUGGUGGUGCCGUUGUUAUGCACAAGCUCUUCGAUAAUGGAGAGGGCCGUACCACCAUCGCUGGCGGACAAGGUACCAUGUGGACUACCCUUCUUCAAAUGGGUGAACUGGUAGAUACCGCACAUAGGGUUUAUGAUCCAACUGAAACUCGCGUCUUCAUCACCCACGCCUCUCCUGCGAGAGAGGGUAUCCUAAACCAGCUUUCUGUUGCACUCAAGGCUGACUUCUCCGUCUCGGCUGGCCUUCACUUCCGUUACGGAAGCUCCUACAACGAAUUCAGCGUCAACCCUACCCUUGAUCACUAUCGUGGCAAACUUGCUGCAUCCAAGGCUUCUUUCAACGACGUCUGGGAGACUGUCAAGGGCGAGGUUGAGCCUGCCAUUGCUCAAAACGAAGUUCAGCAAAAUCUCCUAAAGAAUGCACUUCAGAUUGUCGAGAAAAUGCCUACUACCGCUGCUGGCGGAAACCCCUUCGGCGGCCCGGUCAGCGGCCAUGCUGCCCUUGGACAGGUGGACGAGAGCGCGUUCAAAAACAUGUGGAACUUCAACUUGGCUGAUGCUGCUUUCGGCUACCUUGUCCUGGAGAUCCAGGACGGUCGCAUUGGAACCGAGAUGCGCGCUCAGGGCUUCAACUUUUCUCAUAGAGGAGCCAAGCAACAGCCUGGCGCGACUGCCAGCGCACCCGUCAAUUCGACUUCUGCCAGUGCCCCUACACCACCGCCUCCUUCUGCUGCGAUUGCUUCUCGUCCGGCUCCCGAAAAGCACGAGAAGCAGGCCAAGGGUUCCACGCCCGCCAAGCCGGCUACUCCCCAACCCAGCCAGGCCAAUGCGAACAAGGACGUGGAGAAGACUCCCGCCUCUGCCAACGGUGGCCCUGACCCCAUCACAUCUCCCGCUCCCAAGAUUGUCCCCUCUGACAUUAUUGGUCUAUUCAUCAUGAACGUUAGCACUGAGGAGCAGUGCCGAGACCUGUUCAGCGAUGAGGACAAGGCCAAGAUUGUCAAGAUUGACAAGUGGGGUAGCUCUAACAAGGUUGUUCAGUUCAAGAACAUCGCCGACAGAGACACCGCCAUGGACAAUCUGCCCGACUCUGUCAAAACGAGGACCUCGGAGGACCGUACCAAGCCCUGGGUGAAGAUCUUCCAACCCCGCGAGACUAAAGUCGGGACCCGCGGUGGUGCUGGAAACUGGGGCGGAAAUGCGCGCGGCGGCGCCAGUGCUAGUGGAUAUCGCAGUGCUGGAGGAGCCAGUGACUCCGAAAGCAACAUUCGUGGUGGCCGCGGUGGUCGUGGUCGAGGUGGCGGCCGAGGUAGCGACCGUGGUCGUGGCGGCCGCGGCCGUGGAGGCAAGGGCGAUGCUGGCGGUCCUGCGGAGUAA